AUGUCGUCGGGGAUCGACUGCCAGUCACUCGAGUCAAGCCCACGCUUUCUUCUCCGCCAACCGCGCGCUCUACAAUGGUUCGAGAACGGCCGAUUAAUGAAGCGCCAGGAGGGCGAACGGCAAGCUGGCCGAUUUGAGCUAUUCCUCGAUCUGCUCUAUGUUGCGAUCCUCUCUAAUUUUGCCGACACGCUCUCUGAGAACAUUACUGGCGCCCAGCUCGUCAAGUACAUCCUCAUUCUCGCGCCGUCAUGGCAUGUGUGGAGCGAUUUGCGCGAAUUGAUGAACUCGUUCUAUCGGGAUGACCUCUUAGAACGUCUACUUAUCUUGUGGAUCAUGACCACGAUGGUUGUGUACGGCAACAACGCGCCGCGAGUGGAUGAGGAGAUUGGCGCGAUGCGCUCGACGGUCGCGGCAUACAUGGCGGCCCGCCUAAGCUGCAGUCUUGCCCAUUUAUAUUAUAGCUUUGGAGACUUUCGCCAUCGACGCCAGCAGCGCCUCUGGGUUAGCCUCUCAACGGUCUGUCUGUGCGUUUACAUCCCGUUGUAUUUUGAGUCUGUCUCAAUUCGCGGGAAGAUCGCCGCAGCCGCAGUAGCCGUUUCACUCGAGGAAAUGACCUGGGUCUUCUGCUACUCCCCUGCAGCGAAAAAGUUGCUCCGUGUCAAAUACUCUACUGCAGUCGACAUACCCCACGAAGUCGAUCGAUUCGCUGCCUUCUACAUCAUUGCGCUCGGUGAAUUCCUUUACUUGAUCAUUGUUGGUUCACCCGCCGCAGUCGGGUUGAACACUGGCCUUCUCCAUUCCAUCUGGACUUUGAUCAUUGCAUUCUGUUUGAACUGGUUGUAUCUUCAUGCUGAUUGCUCCACGGACGGCAUACACCCUCUACGGCAUUCGAUAUAUACAGCCUUUUCCUGGGCUCUGUUUCAUUUACCGCUGAUUGCCUGUCUGUUGGCUGGUGGACAUGUUGCUGCUGCUACUGCUACUAGUGAGGAAUUUGACGACUCUCAACGGUGGCUUCUCUGCGGUGGAUUGGGCGCUGGCAUGAUCUUCCUAUACAUUCUGGCCUUGCUACAUGGUGCUAACGAGGAAUGUGGAGAUUUGAUUCUUAAUAAGGUGAGCCACCCCGGUACUAUUUUAUGGGAAAACCCGCUAAGGUAUCUUCAACCAUCCAGCAAAUCCGCCUCAUAUUUCGGCCCAUUACCGGCAUUAUUAUCAUUCUUCUGCCACUGGCACAUCACCUCGAUGGUACCGAGGUUCUCUCCAUUAUCAUGGCCUUUUUUGUGA